AUGUUUCUCACUCAAACAAGGAUGUUGUUUGUCGAGAAGCAGACCGUGGUUCAGAAGCAUUGUGGGACCUGCAGAGCCCCUGCGGCCACCAUGGGUCCUUGCACAGCAAUGACGUCAUUGUCACCCGCCUCAGUUACAUCAGCAGCGUCGAUGACGUCAACUUCAUCACCAGCAGCCUCUAGAACAUGCAUGUUUGUCCGUAGCCGGUCAGAAACAGUGCAGAGGAGACCAGCAUUGCCACCCCUGCCAUCCUUGCAUUCAAAUCUGCCUGGAAAAGCAUCUGUUGCUUCGGUGGUAACCGCUCUUGCGGAAGAUUUAAGAGCUCGGCCUUCUCGGCUUAACGCAGGCCGCUCAGUACACUACGAAACAGCCAACACUUACGUUUUCAUAGCUCCAGGCGAAGAGGAAGUGUUCCUAUCCCGCGGGGAAGUGCUACAGUGCCUUUUGAACGAGCUGCAAAGCUGGGAAAAGGACGGGAAACGCCUGUCGGACGACUUGGCAGUUUUUGAGACUCUGGAGGAAGCAGCAGAGUUUCUGCUCGACUCGGCUUGUGAAUUGGAGUUGGGUGGUGGGAAAGGUGCUUUGCAGUGGUUCGAACACCAGAACGGCAGCUUCAGGACAGAAUUUGCUGCCCUGGCCGCAGAUGCAGACGAGCACAUCGGAUUCGCCACAGCUGCGCUGGGCGGCAACCUGCCCGAAGCUGUAAAUUUAUGGAUUGGGGACGAACGGGCAGUGACAAGCUGGCACAAGGACCACUACGAAAACUUCUACGUGGUUGUCACGGGCAGAAAAACUUUCCGGCUGCUGCCCCCGCUCGACGUAUUCAGGAUGAGAGUGCGGGAAUAUCCUGCUGCGAAAUAUUGGCGGGCAGAGGACGAGCAGGGUCCGUUCCACAUCCUCCCCAGCGAUCCCCCGUGCAUGGUGCCAUGGGCCUCUGUGGAUGCCGCAUUGAACCCCCUCAUACCGUGCUCACACACCCUGAGUGCUGCUGCUGCUGGAGGAGGAAGCUUGGGGGAAGACCCCAAGGGGCCCCCUCCGCUGGUCUGCACUGUUGGUCCUGGAGAGAUGCUGUACCUGUACGUGAUGGGAGUGAGGCAGGUGUGUUGA